AUGGGUUGCGUGGGCAAAGGGCGGUCGGUGAAGUCGAUUCUCAAGAAGGAUCGGAAGUCAUCUGUCUCCGAGUGCGAGCACUGGAUGGGGUGCAUGGCCACUGCGAUGGCACCAUAA